GGGAAGAGAUCAGAAAUGGCGAAAUCACCGGAGCAAGAGCACCCGAAGAAGGCCUUUGGAUGGGCCGCCAGGGACACUUCGGGGGUCCUCUCACCCUUCAAAUUCUCCAGAAGAGCAACGGGAGAGGAAGACGUUACGUUCAAAGUUCUGUAUUGUGGGGUAUGCCACUCGGACCUUCACAUGACCACCAACGAUUGGGGCAUGUCCAUUUACCCACUUGUUCCUGGGCACGAAAUGGUUGGGGAAGUGAUAGAAGUGGGGAGCAAGGUUAAGAAAGUUAAAGUAGGAGACAGUGUGGGCGUUGGAUGCGUUGUUGGUGCAUGUCAUUCCUGCGAGAAUUGUACCAAUGAUCUCGAAAUUUAUUGUCCAGAUAUGAUACUUACCUAUAGCACCGUUUACCACGACGGAACAAUCACGUACGGAGGCUACUCCGACACAAUGGUAGCUAACGAGCGCUACAUCAUUCGCUUCCCUGAAAAUGUCCCACUUGACGCCAGCGCUCCACUACUUUGUGCCGGGAUCACAGUUUACAGUCCCCUGAAAUAUUUUGGUUUUGCCGAGGUUGGUAAGCAUAUUGGAGUUGUCGGCCUAGGUGGGCUAGGUCAUCUAGCUGUUAAAUUUGCAAAGGCUUUUGGGGCUAAAGUGACAGUGAUUAGCACCUCCAUUAGCAAGAAGGAGGAAGCUUUGGAACAUCUUGGUGCUGACUCAUUUUUGCUUAGCCGUGACCAAGAACAAGUUCAGGCUGCCAAGAGUACAAUGGAUGGUAUCCUUGAUACCGUAUCUGCUUCACACCCCAUUUUGCCAUUAAUUGAGCUAUUGAAGACUAAUGGGAAACUUGUUUUGCUGGGUGCACCAGAAAAGCCGCUUGAGCUACCCGUCUUUCCUCUGCUUAUGGGGAGGAAGACGGUUGCGGGAAGUGCCACCGGAGGAAUGAAGGAGAUACAAGAAAUGGUAGACUUUGCAGCAAAACAUAACAUCACAGCAGACACAGAGCUUAUUCCAAUGGAGUACGUGAACACAGCCAUGGAGCGCCUUGCUAAGGGUGAUGUUCGAUACCGAUUUGUCAUUGACAUAGGAAACACCUUGGCUGCUACCAAACCCUGAAGACUAGCUUGAAUGGUGUCUUUAAUUAGUUUUCUUGUAUUGUUCCAAUAAUUUUGUUCAAUUGCUUAUUCUAUCUUCUAGUACUGGAACCUUCAACUUUGUCCUUUUUCUCAUAUAAAUUCAUCCUCACACACCUUUCCCCUUUUCCCCCUUUGAAUAAAAAAAAUAAAAAAUAAUAAAAAUAAAAAUAAAAAGUGGUCCAAUUGCUACCUUUCAAAUUAGUAGUUGAAAGGUCUCCACAACAAACCCAUAUACAGAUCCAAAGAUUACAGCAGGAAAAAGAAAAACACAGUGCAAUAGUUAGGAAUCUUCAUCGUAUUCCUCAGGCUCCUCCUCGGUAAUCGUCUCCAAUACAGGAGAAAGGGGAACCUUGGUCAGGGAAAUUAUGAGAAGGGCUGGUGCAACCUCAAUCCAAGAACUCAUGUUUCUCAUCUCCUUUUCCAUUUGCAGUAAGAGAAACGCUUUGUGCUACUAAAUAAUCAAUCUGCAAGCAACCCAAUAAAGCAAUCAGAUUGAGACGAUGACCACGAUGAUGAAAAGGGGUUGGGUGGCUGACUUUCUUCCUCUGCUUCAGCAAGGAGAUAUAUAGAAAAUGGAAGGCUUAGAUUGCCUUUCUUGAUUGCAGUGGA